AAGUUUAAACUCUUCCAUUGCCUUUUCCUUUCUUCUUCUUCUUCCUCUCCCUCCAUUUCAAUUGGUCUCCUUUUUGCUUCGCUAUUUCCGCAAAUUCAACUCCAUCAAUGGCAACUGCUAUGGUUGAAGAUUCCAAUUUCGAAGAUGAUCAGCUUGCUUCCAUGACCACUGACGACAUUGUUAGGGCUUCUCGUCUCCUCGACAAUGAGAUCCGAAUUCUCAAGGAAGAGGUGCAGAGAACAAAUCUGGAGUUGGAAUCAAUCAAAGAAAAGAUAAAGGAGAAUCAGGAGAAGAUCAAACUCAAUAAGCAGCUGCCUUACUUGGUUGGCAACAUUGUCGAGAUUUUGGAAAUGAACCCAGAAGAUGAAGCGGAAGAAGAUGGUGCAAAUAUUGAUCUUGACUCACAAAGGAAAGGAAAAUGCGUUGUACUGAAGACAUCCACUCGCCAGACUAUCUUUUUACCUGUUGUCGGGCUUGUGGAUCCCGAUAAGUUAAAGCCAGGUGACUUGGUCGGAGUAAACAAGGAUAGUUACCUUAUUUUGGAUACUCUGCCAUCUGAGUAUGAUUCUCGAGUGAAGGCUAUGGAGGUCGAUGAAAAACCUACAGAAGACUACAAUGACAUUGGAGGGCUGGAAAAACAGAUUCAAGAACUGGUGGAGGCCAUUGUCUUACCUAUGACUCAUAAAGAGCGAUUUCAGAAACUAGGAAUUCGUCCACCAAAAGGUGUGCUUUUAUAUGGACCUCCUGGUACUGGUAAAACUUUGAUGGCACGUGCAUGUGCAGCACAAACAAAUGCUACCUUCUUGAAGUUGGCUGGCCCACAACUUGUACAGAUGUUCAUUGGUGAUGGAGCAAAACUUGUUCGAGAUGCUUUUCAGCUUGCAAAAGAAAAAUCCCCAUGCAUCAUUUUUAUUGAUGAAAUUGAUGCAAUUGGAACUAAGCGAUUUGACAGUGAAGUAAGUGGAGAUAGGGAGGUGCAGCGAACCAUGUUGGAGUUGCUCAAUCAACUGGAUGGGUUUAGUAGCGAUGAGCGCAUCAAGGUUAUAGCUGCAACGAAUCGUGCUGAUAUUCUUGAUCCGGCACUCAUGCGUUCUGGUAGAUUAGAUCGGAAAAUUGAGUUUCCUCAUCCAACUGAAGAAGCAAGGGCUCGAAUCAUGCAGAUCCACUCAAGGAAGAUGAAUGUCCACCCUGAUGUCAAUUUUGAAGAACUAGCUCGGUCGACCGAUGACUUCAAUGGCGCACAACUGAAAGCAGUUUGUGUCGAGGCCGGCAUGCUGGCUCUUCGCCGUGACGCAACUGAGGUAAACCAUGAGGACUUCAAUGAAGGUAUCAUCCAAGUUCAAGCCAAGAAGAAAGCAAGCUUGAAUUAUUAUGCUUAAGAUAUCUACCGAUGAAGACCGACCGUCGCGAAGCUGGCAAAUCGAGAGGUAAAAAAAAUGACGUUUUAAGCAAGAAAGAAGAUCAUCAACAAAGACCCGAAAGUAGACGCUCAACUUUCGUGCAGUUCAUGUUCUACAUUUUGGAUGUACGAUAGAUGGCCAAAUCGGCCAUUAUGCUCCUCUAAAGAUUUGUUAUUUCUUCCAUUAGCCAAUUCUUGUGAUGUUAUUUUUUUAGAAUUAGUUUGCUGUCUGUUGUGAAAAACUGAAAAGCAAUUUGAAUGUUAACACCACAUUGAUAGAA